AUGCUUCGGAAAUCCUGUUGGAAGCUAUGGGACAUAGCAGUAAAACGAAUACUUCUUCCGGUAUCUGUCCGGGCAAUGUGGGAAUUCGAAUCAACAAACUGGACGACUGAAAUUGGCUUUAAUCAUGAAACGUUUCCAUUUCCCAACGAUCGCUACGCUUAUAUGAUAUUAUUGGCUGUUUUCGAUUAUCGCAGCGCACGAUAUGUACUAGGCUGGCGUGUACGGAUGUGGGGCGAAAGUCCAUUCGACGACGUGCAAAUGAAUGGUGCUGCGGUGGAACCGCUUACCAAUAAUCCGAAGGGUUUCAUUUAUGUGACUUCGCUGAUCAAUGGCUGGAAUAAACUAAAAAUCAAACUUCAACCGUACGUAAAGAAGAAGAAAUGGUUGAUGAUGGCACAGGUUUUGCUUGUACAGUUACACAAACCGGCUUCGUAUAUACCAAGACCCGCGUUAGAAUUAGCUCCUGAAAGUGGCACCGAUUGGAGACAUGAGUGA